AUGGAAGUGGAUAAUGGUGACGGUGCAGACGAGGAGCCCGGUCUGGUGAUUGAUGAAACAUCGGAAUUUGUAUCCAAUCUACAGCGACCAGUGAUAUCCGAGCGCCCUACAAGACGAGCAACCACCCCUCCUGAAGAACAGGACGAGGACAAAGAAGGAUCUCCAGAGGCUGACAUGGAGAUGGCAGGUGCUGAAAUUAAGGAGGAAGGUGAACCUGAGGCGGCUGAUGCUGGGACUGCCAAGAUCAGUGGUACCGGUUUGGAUGAAGAGUCAACACUUGACGAAGGUUUGGGAAGUACUCUUGCCAUGCUACGUCAGCGUGGCCUGGUUCAGAGGUCCGACGCCGCCGAUAUGAACUCGUUACAUCGUGAUCGACAGAAGUUCCUUCAAGAGAAAUACAAGCGAGAAGCCGAGGCCGAGAAACGUGCACGAGCACAGCGUGAGCGAGACCGUGCUACCGGCAAACUGGAUCGCAUGUCUGCCCGAGAGCGCGAGGAAUAUGCGCGAUGGGAGAACAAACAACGAGACCAGCAAGAGUCACGACAGAUUGCCGAUGUUUUCAAUCGGGAAUACAAGCCUGACGUUCAGCUCAAAUAUGUGGACGAGCAUGGUCGACUCAUGAAUCAAAAGGAGGCCUUUAAGCAUCUAAGUCACCAGUUCCACGGUAAAGGCAGCGGCAAGAUGAAGACAGAGAAGCAUCUCAAGAAGAUUGAAGAGGAGAAGAAGCGAGAAGCCAUGAGUGCGCUUGAGAGCAGUCAGCAUACUGGCAUGAACAGCGCCAUGGGAGCUACGGCUAAGAAGAACCGGCAGGCAGGAGUGCGUCUUGCUUGA